GCCGCCGGAGCAGCCCCGGGCUGCGGCCACGAUGGCUCCGUCCCGCCGCGCCGCCGCCGCCGCCGCAUGAAGGUUGGCGGGGCCGGGGCGGCGGCAGCGGGCGGGAGGCGGCGCGGCGGGGCCCGGGGGUGCCGGGGACCCGGAGCCGGCAGCGCACACGGCCCCCGGGCUGGAGCCGCGGGCGGACGGUCACCGGCUGUCGGGGCUCCUCAAGAAGAUGCACUUGUUCCGGAGCUCCAGCUACGAGAUCCGGCUGGAGGGCGAAGGGGGCAGCCUGCCCCGCAUCCAGGGCAUCCGCUGGACCCCACUUUUGGACACUGAAUCCACCCUGGACUAUGGACACAGCCUCACCCAGGCAUCCUCGGAGAGGAUCUGGCGAGCCGGGAAGCUCCUUUACAUCCACCUCACCAGCACCCGGCCUGGCCUCAUCCGGGACCACAAGCAUCACCUGCGGCAUCACAGGCAGUGCUGCUCCGGGAGGGAGCUGGUGGACUGGCUGCUGAGCGCCGGGCUGGCCGUGCAGACCCGCAGCCAAGCCAUCGGCAUCUGCCAGGUCCUGGUGGAUGGAGGCGUCCUGACGCACGUGAAGCAGGAGUGGCAUUUCCAGGACAAGGAGACCCAGUUCUAUCGCUUUGCCGAGCUGGAGCUGAGCCCCGAUCCCGGCGCUGGGCUCCGGGAUGCGGAGGAGCUGCUGGAAGCUUUGGCAUUCCUGGCUCAGCUGGGUCCUGAUGCGCUGCUCACCAUGGCCCUGCGCAAGCCGCCUGCCCAGCGCACGCAGGAUGAGCUGGAGCUCAUAUUUGAGGAGCUUCUCCACAUCAAAGCCGUGGCUCAUCUCUCCCACUCGGUGAAGCGGGAGCUGGCGUCCGUGCUGAUGUUCGAGUCGCACCAGAGAGCAGGCACCGUGCUGUUCAGCCAAGGAGAUAAAGGCACCUCAUGGUACAUCAUCUGGAAGGGCUCGGUGAACGUGGUGACCCACGGCAAGGGCUUGGUGGCCACCCUGCACGAGGGGGACGACUUUGGGCAGUUGGCUCUGGUGAACGAUGCUCCUCGUGCGGCCACCAUCAUCCUGCGAGAGGACAACUGCCACUUCCUGCGUGUGGACAAGCAGGACUUCAACCACAUCCUCAAGGACGUGGAGGCCAACACCAUGCGCCUGAAGGAGCACGGGAAGGUGGUGCUCGUCCUGCAGAAGAACCUGCAGGGUGGCAGCAACCAGCCAGCCACGGCGCGGAGCAGCAGGUACUUGGUGAUGGCCGGGACACCGGAGAAGAUCCUGGAGCACCUGCUGGAGUUCAUGAGGCUCGAUGCGACGCUCUACGACCCCGUGGACACGCUGCUGGGGGAUUUCCUGCUGACCUACACUGUGUUCAUGCCAACAUCACAGCUCUGCAGAGCUCUGCUGCACCAUUUCCGUGCGGAGCCGAUGGAGGGCUCAGAGCAGGACAAGGCCACCUACUCCCUGCACAAGCGCCGCAAGAUCCUGCGGCUGGUGAGCCAGUGGGUGCUGCUCUACGGGCGGCUGCUGCAGGGCGACCGCAGCACCACGGCCCUGCUGCAGAACCUGGCGGACCUGGCGAGCCGGGACCCCCGCCUGGGUGGGAUGGUCCAGGAGCCAGCGCAGGAACGGCGGCGGCCCCGAGCGCUGGAGAAUGGAGAUGGGAGCGUUUCUCCCCAGCCCAAGGCUCAGAGCUCGGUGACCUGGUUGGGGAGCCAGGAGGAGGCGAUUCUGAGCAGCACUUGUGCCUUGAGAGCCCAGGACAAAGUGCCCUAUGAGAUCUACAGACCCGACCACUCCUGCCUGGUGACGGUGCUGCCCGUCAACGCCUCGGUGCGGGACGUGCUGCGGUCCCUCGCCCCGCGGCUGGGCCGUGAUGGGGAGCACAUCCUGGUCAAGGUGAAUUCGGCUGGAGACAAAGUGGGGCUGCAGCUGGAUGCUGUUGGGGUCUUCACAGCGCUGGGGCUCAAUGAGAGACUCUUUGCUGUGAGCGUGGAGGAGCUCAGCAGCCUGACCCCCCAUCCUGAGCAGUUGGGCCCCCAAGUUGGCUCCUCAGAGACCCUGGACCUCAUCAGCUCCAAGGACCUGGCCAGCCACCUCACCGACUACGACUGGAACCUCUUCAAGAGCAUCCACCAGGUGGAAAUGAUCCACUACAUCAUCCGGCCGCAGAAGUUCCACGACGUGACCACGGCCAACCUGGAGCGGGUGAUGCGGCGCUUCAAUGAGCUGCAGUACUGGGUGGCCACGGAGCUGUGCCUCUGCCCCGAGGUGGGCAGGAGAGCCCAGCUCCUUCGCAAGUUCAUCAAGUUGGCUGCACACCUCAAGGAGCAGAAGAACCUCAAUUCCUUCUUCGCGGUGAUGUUUGGUGUGAGCAACACGGCAGUCAGCCGCCUGGCCAAGACGUGGGAGAGGCUGCCCCAUAAGAUCCGGAAGCUGCACUCGGCGCUGGAGCGGAUGCUGGACCCAUCGUGGAACCACAGGGUCUAUCGCCUGGCCAUCGCCAAGCUGAGCCCCCCCAUCAUCCCCUUUGUGCCCCUUCUCCUCAAAGACAUGACGUUCAUCCACGAGGGCAAUCGCACGCUGGCCGAGAACCUCAUCAACUUUGAGAAGAUGCACAUGAUGGCAAAGACCGUGCGUGUCCUGCAGCGCUGCCGCGGCCACGCGCACGCUCCACUCUCCCCACUGCGAACCCGCUCCCCGCACCGGCCCGAGGACCCCAAGGCCGUCAGGAUGUCCACGUGCUCGGAGCAGUCCCUCAGCGUGCGCAGCCCCGUCUCUACGUGGGCCUACCUGCAGCACCUGAGAGCCAUCGACAGCCAGAAGGAGCUGCUGCGGCUUUCCCGAGACCUGGAAUCCUGAGGCAGCCCGGAGCAGGGAUGUGGCAGUGGGGCUGCCCCAUAGCUCUGCUCCCGGCAGCACCGGCCAUGGGGCUGCGCUUGGAGCCAGCCAAGAGCUGCUCCUGCUUGGCCCAGGGGCAGGAGAGGGCCACGGGCAGCGGGGUGAGCGCUGGAGGUGCUGCAUUCCCUUUGCUUCUCCAUGCAGCAGCCUGGGAUUCACUCCCUGCUCCGGCCAGGAGGGAGGAAGGAGCCUGGAUGCCCCCGGAGCUGCCCAUCCUGCGGGUACCAGGCUGGAAGAUGCUGCUUCCCCAUGGAGGGACUCAAGCCAGAGCAUCCCUAUGAGCAGGGACCACCCUGAGGCAGGGUCUGGCUUGUGCUGCCCCAUGGACCACAGGGGAGCUGCCCUUCCCCUGGUGUGUCCCAUGAGAGAUGCUGGCUCCCAUCGCAGCCUAUGGGAGCUGCGUGAUCCCAGCAGCCAUGGGGGAAGUGUCUUGACCCCCCCCCCCAGAACUUUUGGGGGUUAAAGCAGCCCUUGGACUAAUCGCAGCCACCUCCGUGCCUCAGUUUCCCCACAUGGAUGGGGGCAGGAAUAGCCACGUCCAGCCAUGGGGCAGCGUCAGUCAUGGAAGGAAGGAAGCUGUGGUGGCCUCGUGAUGGAGAUGGUGACCUGCUCCAGCCAAUCCCAACCCAUGGCCACAAACACGUUUGGGGGAGAUGCCUUUGAAGGAAACAGAGCUGAUGGACCCCAGGGGCCAGGACCCACAUCCCACCCCUCAGAGCAUCUCUAUGCACAUGGAGCACUUUGACAAUGACCUUGAGCAGGCCCGGAUGAAGCUGUGGGGCUCAGGGGACAUCACAGCCCACAGAGGUCCCACGUUCGCAGGGUGCCACCACAAUGGAAGCUCUGUGGCAGGUCUGUGCCAUGGCCGGGACACCACAAGCCAAAUCCCACCAGCCUUGCCCCAAGGGCUACAAGGACCAGAGCUGCUGCGUUGGUUGCUCUUCAAGCCAUGCACAUCAGUGGCUUGAUGAAAAUAAAGGUCCCAUCACACCUAAA